CAUACACAAAUGCCAAACAAAACAAUGCAAUUAUCACUUAAUUAGUGCAGUGAGGAGUUACACUCUACGAUGGAUUCUGAAAGCCAUCUUAAUGUUCAGAAAGGAGAGAAGGAGAAUGACAAACUCCUUCACCAGACUGAGUUGAGCCCUGGUGGUAACUAUGGUGUUGGGGACAUGGGUGAAAAGGCACCCCUGGAGGCUGGACAUAGUCUCGAAGGCGACAGCCUGAAUUCCUCCUUCGCAAACCGCUCAGGGUCGCAAAAAACUGGCAAAGAGGCAUAUCUAAAGAGUUUGGCGGAAGAAGAUGCCCCACAGGCUACGUGUAAGAAGAAGGCAUUGAAAGUUGUAGUCACUGUACUGUUCAUUCUGAUUGUCAUUGGUAGUAUUAUCAUAUGGACAGUCCAUGAAGGUAGGCCGAAAAAACACAUUGGAAACAAGUACUUUGACUUUAUUCCAAAGAAACGGGUAUUAGAUGUUUACAAUGAAAAAGAUGAUAUUGUUUUCUCAGGGAUAAUUCGUGUCAGUGAUUUUGAAGUGGGUGCAUUGAAAAAGUGCUAUGACAUGGAGAUGCAGAAUGAUUUUUGUUAUAUAUUUGACGAUGGUCCCAUUUUUAAGUUCAGGCCGUAUGACUUGAACCCAAGCGUACACUGCAUUGAUUUGAUGUGGGAGAAUUUAAAGUCUUAUUCACCCACAGAUUGUUUCAACAUCGGGCACUCGUUUUGGUAUGGAAUUCCGAACUUCAAAGGUGGGUUUUGGCCCCUUAUUCCGGACCAGAUAUCAAUUGACAGUCUGUCAUACAUGCCUUUCAGCAAGGAAAUUACUGGGCAUAUCUUGGAGAAGUUAUGGAUCAGUGCCAUUGGUACAGCAGUUAUCUCUCAUGAAAAUAUUCCAAUUUCAGUGAGUUUUAACAGUGGAAAUGACAAGACAUUGUGUAUUCAAAUGGACCAAAAAGGGUCCCCUAUUGAUCCCUUGACAAGUUUUAAUUAUUCGGUCUGCGUUGGACCAGAUAUCCAGACAACAUGGCUUAACGUUAGAAAUGCAUAUUUCCCACGCUCGCCCAAUGUUGAUCUUCAGAAAUCCAACUUAGCGGGGAUACUAUGGAAGUAUGAGACAAAGAAUGGUCUUCCUUCUGAUACAUUUGGCAACUUCUUACACGACCUGAAUUCACUGGGUGUGUCUAUUCCCGCUGUUCAGUACAACAUGGGCUGGCAGAAUGGCGUUGGGGACAUAAAAUUCAAUGAGCAAACUAGGAAAAUUAUGAUGCAGUUUUUAAAAGGGAAAUACUCCUCUUCAAAAUUGUUUCUGCCGAUAAAUCUUGCCUGCUCGUAUAUGUCCGACAAUUUCAAACGUGGAGCAGGGGACAAACUUUUUGCAAACGACAGGCAGACAGGAGCUCUGAAAGCCAUACUCUACGAUGGAGAGAGUUGUGCCGUAUGGGAUACCACCAAUCCAGAUACGCGAGCAUUUCUUAAAGAAGCAUUCGGCAUUUUGCAACAAGCCGGAACCCAAGAACAGACUGAGUAUCCUCAAGGAUUUGAAUUCCGAGCGAGCAUCAGCAAUAAAGCAUUCCCAGUGGAUCUUUUCGAGAAUACAACUGAUUUGAAUGCAAUUAACUUGCACUUUGUAGACUUUUUGGCAACGUUAAACAAAACGGUUCUUCUUGAAACAGCAUAUCGUAUGCAAAACCGCUCAGUCUUUGUUCAGGUUCCCACGUUAGUUGCCAAUAAGGAAGGACGUAAAUGUCUUGAUUAUGUAAUACCAGCGUCGCUCACUGCAGGUAUCCAUGGUUACCCAUACGUGAUGACCUUAGCGCCAUCAGAAGACCAGGUGGAUCAUGAACUCUAUGUCCGUUGGUUACAACUUGCAGUGUUCUUUCCUGCACUGAAAGUAACAAAUGCUGCUCUUCGAUUCAACUCUGUUGUUACUGAAGUUUUGAGGGAGAUUUCAGAAUAUCGCACCAGUUUUGUGUACCCAUUGUUGACGGAAACCAUUCAGGAUGUAGAACUUGGAUACCCGAUUAUUCGACCUAUGUGGUGGGUCGAGCCAACAGAUUAUAAAACCUACACGAUUGACGACCAGUUCUUGCUCGGUAACAAGACAUUAGUGGCCCCAGUUCUCUGCAUAGGGGCUCGUAAAAGGGACAUUUAUCUGCCCAAGGGUGUCUGGAAACAUGGAGGGUCAGGGGCUCAGUACCCUGGUAACCAAUGGUUACGGGAUUUUCCAGUGGAUUUAAAAGACAUGCCAGUGUUUACCAUAGAGGAUGAAUAUUCUUUGCAACAGAAUGAUACUUCAACAUCAAGUAAUUAGGUUCUAGUUUUUAGUCCCUUUCAGUUGUAACCAGAGAAUACAAUAGGAUUACGUCAGUGUGUCCAUCUGUCUGUCUGUCCGUCCAUACAAAUCUUGAUCCUGCGAUUACUCAAAAAGAACUGAAGUUAGGUCAAUGAAACUAAGUAUGUGGAUACAGGGCUAUGUGGGAAAUAUGAACAUUAUUUCAAAGUGAUUAAGAUUGCAGGUCAGCUAAAGCAGACAGCUGUCUUUAAUGUUCCAAGAUUGAAACAUCGGUUGUGGAUAGAGGGCAAUAUGGGAAAUAUGCAGGUUAUUUCAGUUUUAUAUGUCUGUCAAUCCAUUUGUCUGUCCAGAAAUUCUGGAUCUUGCGAUAACUCAAAAAGUAUGUAAGCUACAUGUAAGUUGAGAACACACAAAAUAUCACAAGAUGGUUAUGUGUAUGUUAUUUCAGAUUUUUUUUUGUCAAGCAAUAAGUGUGGUUGCUAUGUUACAGAAAUAAGUGAAAACUAAAAGCUGGAUCAAGGGACAUAAUUAUGGUGAAUAUGAAUGUUAAUUAAGAUUUUUUUCUGAGGCCAUGAUUAUAUAGUUUUGAUUGUGGUUUCUAUGGUUAAAGAAAUAAUUGAAAACUUGAAUCUGCAUCCUGCCAUAAUUAAAAAGUACUUAAGAUUGGUUAAUAAACUUUCCAUACUGGCAAUAUUUACCAAUUUGGGGACUGCUGUUUGGUAUGUGACCACUGUUUGAUGUGACCAAAGUGUUUUGAAUUUGGUAGUAGUGCUAAUUUCGUUAAAUUUUAAUAUAUUUAAGUGAUAUAUUGUGUGUUUACUUAUCAAUAAAUGUGUAGAUUUCAAUCAAUUAUUUGAUUACAAAAAGUUUAAAAGCCAUCGGGUCUUGCAUUAAUAUUUGAAAACUUUAGAAUUUAUUAAUGUUGUAAGUUGUAUAUUUAGUGGUAUAACAAUAUGUGAAUUUUUCUCUCCAGUCCUUGAUAAUACUCCUGGACUUAUUUUUUAGCGAGGCUGUUUUCGGAGAAAACCCGAGCUAUUGUCAUAGCCAGCUCGUCCUGCGAUGUCCGACGUCUGCGGUAGGUGUCGUGCUAAAACCUUAACAUUGGCCAUAACUUUUUAAAUAUUGGAGAUAGCACCUUGAUAUUUGGCAUGCAUGUGUAUCUCAUGGAGCUGCACAUUUUGAGUGGUAAAAUUUCAAGGUGAACAUCAUCCUACAAGGUCUAAGGUUGAAAAAACAAAGUCAAGGGAAGUAAUAAGCUUUAAAUGGACAUAGUUAUCUGACCUGCCCACGUAUAUAUUUUUGUUAAAUAAAUCAAAGCGGCGCAGUAGGCGGCAUUGUGUUUCUGACAAUUGCAUUGUGGUAAAAGGUCAAGGUCAUCCUUUACGGUCUUUGGUAAAAAAUACAGAUUUAAGGGAAGUAAUAAGCUUUUAAAAGGGAGAAAAUGA